AUGCGCCGAUGUUGCGAAGUGUUCGCACCGCGUUUCGCUUACGUCUUGGGAGAUACAGGACCGUGCGAGAUAGCUGGAUCUGGCGAGGGUCGCGCUCGUCACAUGUCGAAGGCUGGAGCAAGGUCAGCAUCUCGUACAAGGAACGGUAUGCCACGAGCCGUUUCUGAUGAUUUCGUUCAUCCUAUUUUGAAAGAUGAUAGGACGAGGGUUUUUCCGACCGAAAACCCGACUUCAAAAUCUAAAUCAGCAGACAGGAACAGGCAGAAUAUGCCGAAACGAGUUGUUGAUGAGCUGAAGUCAAAACUAAGCAAUAGCGACUUACGAGUUAUACGGAACUCGUUCCAGUCGAUGGAUCUUCGUGGCGAUGCGCCCGCUUUUGCCGACAAACGUACUAAUCCGCAGUUCCGAAUGUUCGGCGACACCAUGUUGAGAGAGGGAAAAUCGAGAAGUUUGGAUAAUUUGGGGAAUAUCGUUUCUAAGUGA